AUGUCGGUCUCCGAAACUGCCGCGUCGCCCUUUUUCCCUCCUCGCCAAGCCUUACUUGCCCAAGCCCUUUGCACCCUGUCUACCCCUAAAGCCCAUCAUCUUCUUCCUCCUCUUCUUCUUCCUCCUCCUGCUCCGCUUCGGUUUCCUAUUCGCCCUGUCUCACUCUCUCCCAAAUCCGCAUGGGCUUUCCGACCUGUCGGUCGACAGGUAUGCCGGUCAGCUUCCCGAUUCAUCUAA